CACAAAUCGCGCUGACUGCGAGAGCCAUAAAGCUGUGUCGACCGAAACGCCGGCGUGGCCGCUCUCAAGUUUUUCUCUAGCAGUAUUCUUCUAAAUACUGAGAUGUCAUAGGUAACAAGAAAGAAUUUGUUUUAUGAUUAUAAUUCGAAGUAUUUGCUUUGUUGAGGCGAAUCCUCUUUAAAAGAAGAAAACAAGAAAAGGAAGAAUCCUUUGUUGGAAAGCAUGGAAGCGGAACCGUUAGAAUUGGAAGAUGGAGAAAUAAUCGACGACGAGGCAGGUGAUAUCUUUGGGACAUACAAAGUGUUACAAAGGCCUAAUUUAGCACCAGUUACAGAUGUAAGUACAAAGAUGCGAUGCAGUGACGAGUCUGACAAUUCCACAGAUUCAGAAAGUGACUCUGACUCUGAUCCCACAUCUAUAAAAAGACCUAAAGUUAAAGUAAAAAAGUAUAAAUGCCUGCCAAAAGACUGGACAAACAAGAAUGACAAAUACAAAAUAUGGUGUACACAAGUGCAGGAAGAAUCCUUAACUGAAGACUUGAUAUCGUGUGGUGUUACAAAAAAAAUGUAUCAAGAACGCAGUGUUGAGAAUUAUAAUUUCACUCUGGGAUAUACACAUAAGAACAGAGAGAUUUGCAACAAUAACAGUUCGGAUGAUGAAAAGGAUACCGAACGAAGACUAACUAAUAAAAGAACAAGUUCAGACAGAUACAAUGUAAAACUUAGAUUAGGCAAAAGGAAAAGCCCUACUCGGAAAAGCCUCACAGACUUUGAUGGUCAGAAGGGUUCGGUUAGAAUUAUACCAGAUUUAUCUACAACUGUGGAAUCAACAGACGCUGAUGUUGCCACUGAUAUAACAACAAAACUUUGUGAGAAACAAGAGCUCCUCAUAAGAAGAGUUGUGGAUAUCAUUGGCAAAGAGAAAGCUAUUCACUUCUUUCAAAAGACAAGGAAAAUCGAAGAAGAUGGUGGAAUGUUAAUAAUGAAUGGAUCUCGUAGGAGGACCACCGGUGGAGUGUAUUUCUGGUUGGUGAAAAACGACAAACAUAUUCCUCAAGAAAAAAUAAGAGAGAUAUUUGAUUAUGGCCAAAAAGAAGGUAACGAGCAGAAGAAAAACAAUGGAGCGAGGAAACAAAACGCACAGGAUCGUAUGAGGAGCUUUGAAAACGGAUGCGAUAAAGAUUUACCAGCUUUAUUAACAAGAGCUGAACUUUCGACGAGAGAAAUUGCGGAACAAGCGAGAUUACGACGCGGUGAAGGCAUGGAUAGAGUACCGAUAGAUUCCGAUCGUACGGUAUCAAAUCCUCCACCCAGUCCUGUAACAGAUGAUCCAGAUCAUUCUGAACAUCCUCUGAUACAGAGGAAUGUUCAAGAUUAUACCGACGACUUUCUCGACAUUGGAGUAGAUGUAGACAGCAUGGAAGUACUUUAAGACUAUAUUAUAGAUCUUACAUUUGCACAUAUUGCAACAGCAAAUUGUACAAAUAAUUAAGUAUAAUCAUACACAUACGCGCGUGCGCGCGUACAUACGACACACGAAUUGCACGAAUAAUACGUAUGUGUAUAAUUUACAUAGAUUGUACAUUUACCAUAUUCAUAAACGAUAACAGUAGACUGAUAGUAGUGAUAAAAAAAAAAGUUGUUUGGUUCUCGUAUGAACUUGUUUCAGUUACUCAACAUAUUUAGGUUGAAAUAAUUUAGUUUUUGCAUACUUGUACUAUUGUGAAUCUGGUGUUUCUCUGAAUUUAAUAAACAAAUACAAUUGCCUCUGUGA